AUGGAUUUCUUUCCCUUCAUCCUCUCUCUUUUCCUUGUUCUACAUCUCUCAGGACAAAGUGUCACACAAGUUGAGGCUCGCCAUCAUCAUCAUCAUCACCAUCAUAAACAUCAUCGUCAUCAUAUAUCAAAAUUAUUUGUUUUUGGAGACUCAUAUGUUGACACCGGCAACAUUAAAAGAGGGUUAGCAAAUUCAUGGAAAGAACCUUAUGGCAUCACCUUUCCCGGCAAGCCCGCCGGCCGUUUCUCCGACGGUAGAGUCUUCACCGACUACAUUGCCAAGUAUUUGAAAUUGAAAUCACCGGUCCCAUAUAGUGUGAGAGAAUUGAUGCCAAAACAUUUGAAAUAUGGAAUGAACUAUGCGUUUGGUGGUACUGGUGUGUUUCAAACGUUGUUUUCAGGCCCAAACAUGACAACUCAAAUCGAUUUUUUUGAGCAACAAAUCAAAGACAAACUCUACUCAACCAAAGAUAUUCGUAAUUCUGUCGCUCUUGUUUCUGUCGCUGGAAAUGACUACACUUUUUACAACGUUAAAAAUGGCUCUGUUCAGGGUUUUCCAUCUUUCGUGGCAUCAUUGAUUAAUCAAACAGUGAUCAAUUUAAUUCGCAUAAAAGAAUUAGGAGUGAAGAAAGUAAUAAUGUCUGGUCUACAACCCAUUGGAUGUCUUCCUCAACAAACAGCUGGAACUUCAUUCAAGCAAUGCAAUGAAACAUCAAACACAAUCCUCGCAAGCCACAACAAUCUCUUAAGACAAGCCAUAAACAAAUUGAACCAACAAACAAAUGAUACUUCUUCACCUUUUCUAUUCCUUAAUCUUCACGAUACUUUUAUGUCGGUGUUGAACCAUCCAACCACAUUCAACAUUAAGGACAAAUUGAAGCCAUGUUGUGUUGGUGUGAGUAAUGAGUAUUUUUGUGGAAGUGUUGAUGAGAAAAAUGUUAAGAAAUAUUUGGUGUGUGAGGAACCAAAAUCUGCUUUCUUUUGGGAUUCGGUGCAUCCUACGGAAGCAGGGUGGCAUGCUGUCUAUAACAAGUUGAGAAUAACGAAUGCUCUUGAACCAAUUUAUUACUAGUUAUUUCUUGGUUUUGUUAGCUACUAGUAUUAAGAUUUGUUUGUGGUGAAUAAUACAUUUUCACUUUUCGUUUGUUAUAUUCAUUGUUUCUCAAAUUGUGUUAUGUUUUGUAAUCGUUCCAACUGUUUUUGGGAAUAUAUUUUAUGGCAAUUUGCAGAUAGAACUUUCUCAUCUA